AUGCGUUUCUUCCGUUUGCUCGCUCUGGCUCUCGCUCCCCUGGCUCUGGCAGCCCCAGAGCCCCGACCUAACCCCGUCGCUGCGCCAGCACCAGAACCCUCCGGCCUGCUCGAGGAGCUGCCUGAUAUUCUCAGCGGGGUGCAGGGUCUCUUGACCACCGACAAUCUCAAAAAAUUGGACACAAUUCUCGAUGGAGCGGCCAAAUUGCUGGCCUCGGACAAUAUCGACGUCCUGCAGGAUAUCUUGACCAAUGCGCACAGUCUGCUCACCAAGAGCUUUGUGGAUAACACCACGACCCUGAUUGGGGAUGCGACCCCGUUGGUGGAGGAUGUGUCCAAGCUGUUGGGUGGUGUAUUAGGGUCUCUGUAG